CUGUCCAAGCAAGGAGGGAGGGAGAGAGGUAUAGGGUUUAGGGUUUAGAUCGCUUGCCCGGGAACAGGAGGAAGCCAUGGAAGAUCAUCGUCUCCAGCAAACGCAGCUAUCACACUCCUCGCAGCAGCAGCCAUUGAAUUGGCAGCCUCUCCCGGUGGCCUUCUCGGGCUAUCAAAUGCCUCUGCGACCUCCUCCUCGCCAGAUGUUCAUACCGCAACCUGUGCCUUACUACCAGCCGGACUAUACUGCAUCCUACGAGCCGAUGCUGGGAGCCUAUCCUUCUCCAUACUUUGCUCAACAGUUUCCCACGACGAUGGCAACGCAGCUCCAGCAGCAACAGCAGCAAACUCCAGCUGAGUUUCAGAGUUUCUACGGGAGCUAUGGACCUGCUGUGGCAGCCGCUUUGCAGUCGAGCUAUCCUCCUCUUCCCGCGGCUUAUGGAGCUCCAGCGCCACCACAGUGGCCGUCCCCUGCUGCUCCGUGGCAAGUGAAUCCUACCGGUGAUGGAUAUGGUCAGGCGGAGAUUCACUCUGAGUCGUCUUCUGGGAGGUCUCCAAACAAAAUGCAACGGUUUGGAGGUGGAGCGGCUCAAGGUGGAGGUGGAGCUGGUCGUGGCUGGAAGCGUAACAGAGACGGUAGCUUCAACAACAAAAGGCCUGGAAACUGGCAAAGAAAUGGUAACUUUCAAGGCUCAGCAAAUAGGCCGGAUCUGCGGUGCGAGCCUUGCGACCGCAACUUUGUGGGACGAAAUCAAAUGGACGCUCAUAUGAAAACUCACGUGAAAUGCAACACGGAUGGCUGCUUGUUCGAAGGCAUCGGAAAAGCGGUGAGCGAGCAUAGGCAGAUGGUUCAUUACAAGAAGCCUGCGAUGAACAUCUCUAAAGAAAGCGAGGAGGAGACGAGGAAGUGGCGUGAGGCCCGUCGAAGAAACUAUCCAACAACAGCGAACAUCGAGAGAAAGUUGCAAGCUAUACAAGGCCGAAUUGAGCGAGGAGAGCUUGUCGACGAAGACGCGUUGAUGAGGCAAGAGAGUUUGAAGCAAAUUCUAGCCAGGCAAGCGGAGCUCGGGUGUCAAAUCGCCGAAAUUCCCUCUUACUACUUGUCACAGCGAUACACCGACAAGAAAACCAGCCUUGGGAGGCCAUCAAAAGCUCCCAGAGCUUCCGAGGAUCAGGAAGGCAGCAGAGUGUUUCACAGUGGGAGGAGGCAGGGAAGGAAGAUUUGCGUCUUCUUCCAGAAGGGCCACUGCAAGAAAGGAAGGAGGUGUCACUUCCUGCACGACACUGCGAACAACAACGACGAGGAGAGGAAAGACUCCAGGAGCGAAAACGCAAAAGCCGAGAGAGUCCAGAAGGAGCGAGAGCCGACGCUGUUGGCCAAGCUGCUCAGCUCGGAGAUCAAACGGGACAAGAGCCAUUUGCUCCAGUGCUUCCGGUUCUUCGUCAACAACAGGUUCUUGGAGGAUCAUUACCCGGGUGCUCCGCUCAAACUGUUUGAGUGGGCCGAGGAUGACGAGCCCGAGGAGGCGAAAGCUAAAGCUCCUCCAGUUGUGGUUCUAGACGACUCGGAGGAGGAUCUGGAGGACGAGGACGAGGACGAAGACGAGAUAGACGAGGAAGAAGGAGAAGAAGUCGACGAUGGUGGUGGUCACGAAGAAAAGGAAGAUCACGUUUACUGAGGAACUCGUGAGAUCCACUUGUGUUGGAGAAGGCGGUCGCCUGAGGUCUGCUCAAGAGCAAAUCGAUGAACUCCAAGCAGUCCUUGCUCUUUGGUUCGACUUCUGUAGACUGGAGCACGAGUCCGAGUUUGAUAGAAGUCAGAUAGAAUCGUGUAACGCCGGUCAGCCUCCAACGUUGUUGCGAUCCAGCCUUUAAAUUGAAACGCUGGCACUUCUCCAUUC